AUGGCGGGCGCCAGCGCAGUGCUGGUGCUGGACGGUCGAGGGAAAGUGAUAAUAGGCCGAGAUUACCGCGGCGACGUCUCUCUGGCUAUUAGCGAGAGGUUCGCCUGUAGGGUUAUUGACCAGGAGGAGGCAGCUGUCACGCCUGUAUUUGAAGACGAAGGGGUGACGUAUUGCUGGGUGAAGCUGAAAAACAUCUACUUGCUGGCGUUGACUCGCCGAAAUGCAAACGCGACGAUGCUUUUGGCGUUUCUGCACAAGCUUGGGUCAGUGCUGACGAGUUAUUUCCACGAACUGGCUGAGGAAAGUCUUCGAGACAACUUCGUCAUUACUUAUGAGCUUCUGGAUGAGAUGAUUGACAACGGAUACCCCCAAACCACAGAGGUGAAGGUUUUAAGCGAAUUCAUCAAAAACCAGGCGCACCAGUUGUCUACAGCAGCCGUUCGGCCGCCCACCGCAAUGACAAAUGCAGUGUCAUGGCGGUCUGAGGGAAUAGUGCAUAAGAAGAAUGAGAUUUUCUUAGACGUUGUGGAAAAACUGGAUUUGUUGGUGGCUGCAAAUGGAAACGUACUGCGUUCUGAAAUCCUGGGCUCUCUUAAAAUGAAGUCUUUCCUCUCUGGCAUGCCGGAGCUGAAACUGGGGCUUAACGACAAGUUGGUGUUGGAAAACAGCGGGAAAUCAACGGGACGAGGCCGUGCCAUUGAAAUGGAAGACGUGAAGUUUCACCAAUGCGUUCGUCUUGCGCGUUUCGAGAACGACAGAACGAUCUCCUUCAUCCCCCCGGAUGGCGAAUGCGAGUUGAUGUCGUACCGUCUUCACACCCAAGUGAAGCCGUUGAUUUGGGUAGACUGUCAAAUAGAUACAGGCACCUCAGGCAGCCGCUUGGAGUACCUGGUGCGCGCCAGAAGUCAGUUCAAGCCUCGUUCAGUUGCUGGGGGCGUUGAAAUACGAAUCCCUGUGCCUGCUGAUGCGGGAGCAGGGCACUUCAAAACGACCAUCGGCAGCGCUAAGUACGUGCCUGACUUAGACUGUCUCGUGUGGAGCAUCCGCCACUUCCAGGGGCAAAGAGAAUACAGCAUGACGGCGUCCUUCUCCCUGCCUUCUGUAGAAGACGAGUCCAGACGCAACUUCAUGAGACGCCCCAUUCAAGUUCUUUUUGAAAUUCCCUACUUCACAGUCUCAGGCAUCACCGUACGCUACCUCAAAAUCAUUGAAAAGAGCGGAUAUCAAGCACUGCCGUGGGUCCGAUACAUCACCCAAAACGGAGACUACCAACUUCGCCUCACUUGA